ACUAUAAAACUUGCAAGUCAUUUUUAAUAAUUUACGAACCUCUUUUUAAAUUCAAAGUAUUGGCCGGAUUAAAUACGAAAAGUCAAUUAUAAUAAAAUAAAAGUAUUAUUUUUUACAUUAAUUCUCAUUGAUAAUAUCAACUGUCGAUCAUAAUUGCAAUUGAUUUUAACUAUUAAAUUAUUCAGUACCAUUUCAUUUCUAUUUUCUUAUACAAAAACAAAGAUAACGAUGAAAUAGUGUUUAUAAUUGUGUGAGUACUGAGUACCCAAUUAGGUACGUUUAUUAAUUUCAAUAAUUUUUGUAGUAAAGAACUGCUUGUUGCGUCAGGGUACAAUUGAUUGUGUAAUUGUAUUAAAAAUGACAACCAUAACUUUUAAAUUCCAUAUGAAGACUAGUCGUAGUGAUAAAUAAAUAAACGUUGGCGAUGUCUUAACAUACAUAACGCUUUAACGGUGUCUGGAAAGUUCCAGUGCUUCAAGGACAUUGCCGCAUUUGUUUUAGCGGAAUAAAUUAAUAAUUUUAGUUUUUGUUACAGUUCCGUCUUGACUGUGGCGAGAGACAGUACAAUUUUUUUGUUUAUUAAAUUAUUCUUGUUAUUUAUUACUUAAUGUAUAUUCUUGUUGUUACGGUUUAAGUUUCUUGUUUUGUUUUUAUAAUGCCUAACGCCUACGUUUAUAAUGCUCGUGAAUACGGCAAUAUGUUAAUGUGUCUUGGUGAAGCUCGCGGGAAUGCUUCGCAUGCAUUGCGAAUUUAUCGAGAGAGAUUCCCGACCGCUCGACAUCCAGCUGACUCUCGUCUGAUAACAGCAGCAUUUCAGCGAGUGUUGGAAAAUCGGCCCAUUGCUCUGGUAGCGGCAGGAGGUGGAAGUCAAGUGGCUGUUCACUCAGAGGAGCGUAUUUUAGAUGUCGUUCGCCGGAAUCCGAACCUAGGUACACGAAGUAUCGCUAAAUUGUUAAGGCGUCGCGAUGGAACAAGUAUAUCAUACUGUACAGUUCACAAAGUGUUAAAGCGUAACCGACUGCGCCCAUAUAAAGUGUACAAAGUGCAAGCGUUAGUUACCGGCGAUCACGACCGCCGGCGAAUCUUCUGCCGUUGGUUAUUAGACCAACAACAACGUGUGCCUGGUUUCAUUGAGCACGUCAUCUGGACGGACGAGUCAACAUUUACCAGAAACGGCCUGUGGAACCGAAGAAAUACACACGUGUAUUCAGAGGUUAACCCGCACGCUGUUCGACAAACCGGGCACCAAACCCGAUGGUCGGUUAACGUAUGGGCAGGUUUAUUUAAGAAUCGCAUACUAGGACCAGUGUUUCUGCCACAGCGACUUAACGGACAGCGAUACCUGAAAUUCAUAAAUGAACAAUUGGUGGACAUUUUAGACGACCUAUCGUUGGCUGAAUAUCGCCGCACAUGGCUCCAGCAUGAUGGUGCCCCUCCACAUGUCGUGAGGUUAGUCCGUGAGCGCCUCAAUGAGCUAUUUGAUGAUCGCUGGAUCGGCAGACUAGGACCACACGCUUGGCCACCUCGCUCACCAGAUCUGACCCCGUUGGACUUCUUUCUGUGGGGGUAUGUGAAAGAAAGGGUUUUUAAUCGCGAGUGUGAUAGUGCUGAUGAAAUGCGCCAAAGGAUCGUGGAUGUUUUCGACAAACUACGUACGGACUGUGUCGAAGACCACACGAUGAUGCCCCGCCUGCAUGAGGAGAUGCAACACCGAGCCCAAAUCUGCCUUGAAAUGAAUGGAGCACAAUUUGAGCCGCAUCUCAUAAGACCACGGAGGAUUUAGAGCGGUUAUGCCACAACUUCUUAAUUUUAUCAAUAUUGGUAUUGAUAUUAAUAGCAUUGAUUGGGGGAUUCUUGCUAUAUAUACUUGUAAAAACAGUUGUAAUAAUGGCCCUGCAUAUAAAGAAGAAUAUGUAGUCAAACAAGAUUUAUGUAAUUGAACUGUAUUUAUUUUUAAAAUAAUAAAUAACAUACCUAAUU